AACUAUAAAUAAUGCCGGGGUGUACUAAUAAAUUAUAUAAUUGUUUACAAACAUCAAAAAUUUCUUUGUACAACUUGAGUUUUCAAUAAAUAUUUAUCUUUCUUUGAAGAAAUGUUACAUCUUGCUGCUAUACGAAUAAGUGUGUUUGGCGCCUUUUCUGAUAUACUGCUGGUAGUAUUUUUCGAAAAAGUAAUUGAUUAACAUGGCAGAGGAUAAUAUUUCUAUGGAAGUUGAAGAAACUCCAUCGAAAAGUAAUCAUAAUGGUUCUAUUAAUAAUCAUAAACAAAACAAAGCUUCUAAUUUACCAUGGAUAGAGAAAUAUCGGCCUCAAGUUUUUUCAGACAUUAUAGGUAAUGAAGAUACAGUAGCAAGAUUAGCAGUAUUUGCUAAGCAUGGAAAUGCUCCAAACAUAAUAAUUGCUGGACCACCUGGAGUAGGUAAAACUACAACAAUUCUUUGUCUUGCUCGAACUCUUUUGGGUGCAACAAUGAAAGAUACUGUUCUUGAAUUAAAUGCUUCUAAUGAUCGAGGUAUUGAUGUAGUUCGAAAUAAGAUAAAAAUAUUUGCUCAAAAAAAGGUUAACUUACCACCUGGAAGACAUAAAAUAAUUAUUCUUGAUGAAGCUGAUAGCAUGACUGAAGGCGCACAACAAGCUUUGAGGCGUACUAUGGAAAUCUUUAGUCACACAACACGUUUUGCUCUAGCAUGUAAUACCAGUGAAAAAAUAAUUGAGCCUAUCCAGUCACGUUGUGCGAUGCUUCGAUAUGGAAAAUUAACUGAUGCUCAAGUUUUAGCUAAAAUGAUUGAAGUUUGUGAAAAAGAAAAUAUCUCUUAUACCGAUGAUGGUCUUGAAGCAAUAGUUUUUACAGCUCAAGGUGACAUGCGACAAGGUUUGAAUAAUUUACAAUCAACUGUCAACGGUUUUGGGCAUGUCAAUAGUGAGAAUGUAUUCAAAGUUUGUGACGAACCUCAUCCGCUUCUUGUGAAAGAAAUGUUGGAACUAUGUAUUCAAGGAAAAAUUUCUAAAGCAUAUGAAAUACUCGAAAAUUUAUGGAAGCUCGGUUAUUCUUCAGAAGAUUUAAUUGGCAACAUAUUUCGAGUUUGCAAGAAUUUACCUAUUGAUGAGAAAUUAAAACUGGAUUUUAUAAAGGAAAUUGGUAUAACUCAUCUGAAUGUAUUGGAUGGAAUCGGUAGUUUAUUACAAUUGAACAGUCUUCUUGCACGACUUUGUCAACGUGCGUUAAAAAAGUAACUAAUUCUGUGGGUAAGCCGGAGGUUUUCCGAUCUAAGGGCUCUAAGUGCCAUUAAUGAUUCGCUUUUCCUGAGAACUACGAUGUGGGCUGCUUCAGGAGUAACAGCAAGAAGCCUUGACAGGUCGCUUUUUCC